AUGCUAAAGCCUAAGACUAGAGAUGUGGCUGAAUCAUCUCUGCAUCACUUCUGCAUAACUUCAUGGUUAUUGAACGCUGCUAAACUGGCUCAACGUCAUAACUCAGGCAUAGUUGACUGUUGCGGUGCUGCAUCAGAUGAAACGAAGAUGGCAAAAAGUGAAAGUGAUCAUAAUUUGACUCGCAAGAAGCUAGAAUCAGUGGUUCAGGGAGAAAUUCGUCGAUAUGUCGAGGCGUGUGGCCAUCAACUCCUGAAUGAUGACGCCAGUUGGCUAACGUACAAGGAAUGGAUAAAAUUAGGUGCUGUAGACUGUGAAAUGACAAGUGAUGUGCUAAACAGUUAUUCGAAAUUAUUAGCAGCAGUUCGGGAUGAAGCCAUCGCUAAAAAACGUCUCAAGGAAGCGACUUUAAAUGUCUCAAAAACACUUAUGAAAACUGCAGAAACGAUUCACCAAAUGACUGAUAAAUACAUUGAGAAAUGCGGUGAAGUUAAAUUGAGGCGUAUGAAUAUUGAAUGCCAACAAACACCAAUUACAGAAGAUAAUACAUAUGAUGAGGAACCAUCCAGAAGUAACAUUGAUGAUAGUUAUGAGCAGUCAAAGGAAAAGGAGAAUAUCGCCAAAUUCAAUCCUUUUGACGUAGAAUCAGUUUUGGCUGCGGAACCUGUAUUAUGUUCAAAAUUCGGUCAGCAGCUAAUGGCUGAGACAAAGAUUGCUACAAAGAAGUCUAAGCUGAAUCAGAUUAUGCAGUUACCACCAUCUCCGACUCUCUCACAAAGUUUUACAUCAGUUAAUCAUUAUCGGUAUGAAAAAACGGUGCCUGAUGAUAUACGAAAAAUUAAAGAAGAGUUCGAGAAAAUGCCAUCACAUGUAAAAUUCUCGAUGGAUGGUUCGAUAUUCUGUCAAGAUGGAGAUGAUACAACAGUGGCAGAUUUGGAACCACUGACAGUACCGAUUUUUGACGACGAAGAGUCAUCUCAGCAAAAUUCGUCGACAUCAUAUCACAAUUAUUCAGGAUACGCUACUCAACGUGAACAUUCAUUGAAUCAACAGAAACAACUAGAAAGUUGGAUGUUGCUACCGAAAUCACCAGUAUUACGUUCAAAAGCAGUAAUAGAAUACCUAAGUCGUGCCAAGAAUCUUCCGUUCAAAAAGAUAACCAACAUUUCGCAAUGUGAAUACGAACAAUUGCCGACUUUUGUACGGAAGCAAUUAGCGAAGGAUGAUCUUAACGAACUGAUUCUAUUUCUCAAUGAUCAAUCCGAAUCAAAAUCUCUAUCAGUAACGGAAAUAAAACGUUUGGUUCGUGAACAGCUUUCAGCACCACAGUCUGAGGUUGCUAUUUUCGCUUUACAGUUGACACGAAAAAUUGACGAUUGA